CGUCGCGUCGCGUUCCCCCCCCCCUCCCAUCUCCCUCUGCCCCUAUAAGCAUUCGAAGAUUCAUAGAGGGGGGAUGAUAUCCGGCAUAGGCAUAGACAUCCUCUCGCUCCCCCGCUUCACCCAGUUCGUCCGGCGGCGCGGGGCGGGCAAGGUGGCUAGGCGGAUCUUGACGAGUGGUGAGAUGGAGCGGUUCGUCAAGAUUCAGUCGUCCUCUUCUCCUUCUCUGGGUUCUUCUUUGGGUUUUUUGGAAAAGGGUAAAGAUGCCGGGAAGGAGGAGAAGGAGGGGGAUGAAGACCUGAUACAGAAACAGGUCAAAUUCCUAUCAUCCCGCUGGUGUAUCAAAGAAGCAGCCUACAAAUCCCUCACCCCCCUCCUCCCCCGCCCACCCUCUUGGAAAUCAUUCCACCUAGCCCACUCUCCCUCCGGCCAGCCUUCUUUAGACAUUGUGCAGCUACCAGGGCCAGGGCUACCAGGGCUCGGAGGCGGAGGCGGCGGCGGAGGUGGAGAGAGGUGGAGGUUGAUGGCGACGUUAUCGCACGAUGCUGGUGUUGUUGUUGGGGUCGUCGUAGCGCUGGAUAAGCAGUUUGGAAUCUGA